UGUAGGGCGGGGCAGGUUGAAAUGUUUGCAGGUUAAGCCAAAUUUGCCUUGCCUCACCUCGCCUCGUGUACACAAUUAUUUCUGCCAGAGACUGUUUUUACAAUUAUAAUACUUUCAUUUCAUUUCCCUUCCAACCAAUUUCCUUGAUUCACUCUUCAUCUGUGCCCUUCAACCAAUUUAUCCCUUCCCAUUUGCUUCUCAUUCUUACACCGCUCCUACCCCACCCCUACCCUCAUAAUGGUACCUGAAAAAUUUUGCUUCUCAUUUCUUGGUGAUCUUGUGGGAUGGCAUCAAUCAUUCGUUCCUUUUGGCAGUUUUCUCAAUUGGUGAUAUGGAUUACCUUCCUGUUGAGGUCGUUGGGAAUAUCCUGUCUCACCUCGGAGCAGCGAGGGAUGUGAUUGUAGCGUCUGCAACGUGUAGAAAGUGGCGGGAGGCUUGUCAGAAACACCUCCAUACUCUUUCAUUCAAUUCACAUGAUUGGCCUCUCUAUCGAGACCUAAGUACUAGUAGGCUGGAGAUACUGAUUACUCAGACAUUGUUUCAGACAACACGUUUACAAGGUUUAUCGAUAUUGAUGGAUGAUGUUGAUGAGUUCUCAGCUUCCACUGUAAUUGCUUGGCUCAUGUAUACAAGAGAAUCGUUGCAAUGGUUGUUUUACAAUGUCCGUACUACUCCAAAUAUCAACAUUCUUGAUAUAUGUGGUCGACAGAAGUUGGAAAUGUUGGUACUUGCUCAUAAUUCUGUAUCAGGAGUUGAACCAAAUUAUCAGAGGUUCCUCUGUUUAAAAUCCCUUUCAUUAAGUUACGUUAGUAUUUCAGCGUUGGAUCUGAAUUUGUUACUCACAGCAUGUCCAAAGAUUGAAAUUUUAGCCCUUGUGAAUCCUGAGAUUGCAAUGUCAGAUGCACAGGUAACUGUUGAGUUGAACAGCACUACACUAAAGAGUAUCUACAUUGAAGCUAUAAGUUUGGACAAGUUUAUAUUGGAGGCUGACAGCCUUGAGAAUCUGCACUUAAAAGACUGUGCACUUGAGCUUUUUGAGCUCGUCGGAAAAGGAACUCUGAAGUCUUUCAAGAUUGAUGAUGUUAGUAUUAUACAUCUUGAUGUUGGUGAGUCUGUUGAUAAUCUUGAAACCGUUGAUGUUAGUAAUUUCACCAUAAAUUGGUCCAAGUUCUAUCAGAUGAUUUCGAAAUCAUCUACAAUGACAAGUCUCAGGUUAUGGGACGUUGUGUUUGAUGAAGAGGACGAGAUUGUGAAUGUUGAAACAAUUGCACUUUGCUUCCCACAAUUAAACCAUCUUGCAGUUAGUUAUGACUUACGAGAUGACUUACGAGAGGGAAUUCUUCACUAUGGUUUACAAGGAUUCUCUCUGUUAGAGAAUGUCAAUGUGUUGGAGCUGGGAUCAACAGUAAUCAAUGAUGUCUUUACUCAAUGGGUUACUGGUCUACUGCAAAGAUGUCCUAAUCUCACUAAAUUAGUUAUUCACGGAAUAAUUUCUGAGACGAAAACACAUGAAGAGUGCCAAAUGUUGGCCAACUUUACCUCAUCUAUUGUUCACCUGAUGAGGCGAUACAUACAUGUAGAUGUGCAGUUUGAAUUUGAGUAGAUCACAGACAUACGUUAAUGUGGAAUAUUGGGCUCAAUCAACAAUAUCGGAGGCAGGUAGAAAAGGAACUCAUGUUACUGCUGCCUCUUUUUCAUCGUUUGUUCAGCCAAUGAAUCUAUCGGAAACAACCUCUCUACCUUCUCAAGGUAGGGGUAAAGUCUGCGACUCUGCAUAUGUUGUACCCUCCCCAGACUUCAUCUAUGAGAUUACAUUGGAUUUGUUGUUGUUGUAUCUAGUGUUUAAAUUGGAAUGCUCUAUGUUUUUGUGUAUCUUUCUCUUCCCCCUUCUCACAUACACACCGACAAACGACGUCUUUCUCUCUCUCUCUGAAUUGAGACCUAAACUUUGUGAAGUAUCUUGAUUCUUGGAUAUGUCAAAUGUACACUAGUUAUGUUUUUGGGCUCUUAAGCAAUUGGUGUAGGAGCUCAUUGACGCAUAGAAGCCCUCGGCUACUUUGUUAAAACUCUCAAAAAAAUGCAUUCAGAUCCUUCAAAAUUAAUGCAUUUUUUGUGGAUCCGACAGGGGUACAACGAUAUUUUUAUAGAGUGCGAUCAACAUAGAUCCCUCAAUCUUUUGUCUCAGAGCUCAGAACUGGUAAAGUCGUUUGUCAUGUGACCAUGAGAUCAUGAGUUGAGUAGUGAAAACAAUCUCUUGCAGAAAUGCAGGAUAAGACUGUGUAUAAUAAACCCUUGUGGUCAGACUCUUUCUAGAAUCCUGUACAUAGCAGGAGUUUAGUGCACCGGAUUAUCUUUUUUUCUUUAAUAUAUAAUUAACUAAUCUGUUAAUGCAGUUGUUAAUGUAGUUGUGGCUAGAGAGUAGUAGUUAGAUUUAUUUGACAUUCAUUAUUUCCAAAUUAAGGAUAUUCAAUAACAAGUUGAAGUU